UGAUAGUGCUUUGGAUGAUCUUCUUUCUUUGAUGAAUAUACACUGUCCAAACAGUGUUCCUACAUCAAAGUAUUUGCUGUACAAGAGUGUUGAAGAUUCAAUGUACGAGGUUCACUAUUAUUGCAUGGCGUGCACUGCAUAUCUUGGCCCCGAGAAAUUGACAAGGAAUUGUACAAACUGCAGCAAUGAAUUCAGUGCAGACAUCUCAACUGCAGAGGGUAGUUUUUUUCUCAGGAUGCCCGUCAAAACACAGCUGCAAAGAAUGAUGAAAGUACCAGAAGUGGCAGCUGCCCUUGAAAAUCGAAAUAUUGAUGAAAUCUUGAGAGAAACUAACAUAAAUGACAUUGUUCAUGGUAAACUUUAUAAAAACCUUCUUCAUGAUGGCAUAAUAGGUCCCAGUGACUUGUCAUUAUUGUUCAAUACUGAUGGAGUUUCUAUUUUUAAAUCCUCCAAUUUUUCUGUUUGGCCUUUGUUUGCCACAGUAAAUGAAAUUCCACCACAUAUGCGCAGGAAACAUAUGAUUAUGGCAGGUUUGUGGUUUGGAGAAUGUAAACCCAACAUGAAUACUUUCUUAAAACCAUUUGUGGAUGAACUUAGAGAUUUGGGUGCAGAUGGUUUGCACUCACCUCUUGGCCAAACCAGGAUUUUUGCUCUUUGCCUGUCAGCGGAUGCACCUGCCAGGUCUUUAGUGAGGAAUUCCAAACAGUUCAAUGGGAAGUAUGGAUGCGACUGGUGUAAGCAGGAAGGCACACCAAUACCAAAUGGAAAUGGUCCUCCCAUUCGUACUUACCCAUACAGUGGUGAAGCACUCCCAAGAACUGACGAUGAUCAGAGGAGAUUGUCAAUAGAGUCACAGAGAACAGGGAUGUGUCAGCAAGGUGUGAAGGGGCCUUCAGUUGUCAUGCAGUUACCACAUUAUGACUCUGUGAAAGGCAUUUGUUCUGAAUCACAACACACAGCUUUCUUAGGAGUUACUAGACAUUUUGUGGGGACUUGGCUGGAUUCAGCAAACAGAGCAGAGGCAUAUUACAUUGGUGACCAAGUGAAGAAAUUAGAUGAGAGACUGCAGGAUAUAGCACCUCCAAGUGAAAUAACCAGAUGCCCCAGGUCUCUCAAAACGCGGAAGUAUUGGAAGGCAUCUGAAUGGCGAGCUCUGCUGUUCUAUUCUUUGGUGGUAUUUCAGGGAAUUUGACCUGCUGUGUAUAUGAAACACUGGUUCCUAUUUGUAUUUGGUAUUUAUUACCUCAUGAGUGAGAGUGUUUCUGAAAGAAAGGUUCGUGAGAGCAAUGCUUGCCUCAGGAUGUUUGUUCUGAUGACUGAGCGUUUAUAUGGAAUAAGACAUUGCACUUUCAAUGUCCACUC